CGCUGACGCCGCGUGCCUGAUCCAGCAGAAGAAGCCCGCAGUCAGGCCGUUGUUGACCUUGUUCGGAUCCAGAUGGGGUACUGGGACCUUCCUGAAGGUUCGGACUGUGUCCAAAAGACAUGGAUCACCACCAAACUGGGCACGGCUCUGGGUCUGGUGGGUUCAGCCUAUCACAUGGUGGCAUUGCAGCCGGACUCGGCUCUGGAAGCUGUACAGAGAGCCACCAAUGGCACCGUCACCAUGGCUGCUCUGGGAGCAAUCUUUGGAAUGACCACAUGUCUCAGCGCUCAGAUCCGUGACGCUCCGGACGACCCGCUCAAUUAUUUUAUCGGGGGGUGCGCCUCUGGGAUCUUCCUUGGAGCCAAAACUCACAGCGCCAUAACGGGGACGUCGGCAUGUCUGGGAUUGGGGACGGUGGCCUUCUUAACCAAAGUGGGUAAAAUGGAGGGCUGGAGGGUGGCUGGACCCCCCAAACUGUAAGAGGAGCAUCUGCGAGCUUCAUUUACUGUACAAAGAUGUGUUUAAUAAAGUUUCUGUUGAAA